AUGAAAUGUAAAGAACAAAUAGCAUAUGAAAAGUUAGUGGAAGAAUUAAAAAAUGAAUUCCCAUUUUUUCAGAAAUAUCCGGAUGAUUUUUUUUAUAGGAAAAAAAAUGAAGUAUCAGAUAAUAUAAGAAGAGAAAAGUGUUUAGAUUUUUCUUUUAAAGAUGAAAAACUGGAAAAUGAGACAAAAAAAUUCUCCAAUUCAUUGGUGAAGGAAAUGGAGAUAUCAUUCAGUUUAAUGGAGAAAAAAAAUUCCAUAAAUCAGUUAUGUAAAUUAUUUUUAAAAAAUUACACUCCUGCUACAAACGACUACUAUGAUUACAUUAAUAGCAGUUAUGUGAGUUCUUCCCACAUACAGCAGUUGAUAGAAAGAUAUACCUUUGUUGAUGCAUCUGGUAGUGAAUAUUCAGAUGUAGAGAGGCACAAAAAUGUUCUGAGUACUCCGAGGAAAGGGAACCAUAAAAGGGAAAGCGUUGGAAACAUGGACAAUGAGAAUGAUAGGGAUAGUGGUAGUGUCUAUAAUAAAUCACAUAAUAAUGAGGAUGGAAUUCCAAGUGAAAUGAAGAAGCAAGUCAACAAAAGAAGCAGAAGAUAUGAAGAGACCUGUGUAAAAAGAAUUAGUAAAUGUUUCCACAAGACAAAGGAUGCUGAUAAUGGCCAUGCUGUGAAACGGGCAAAGGUGUGGAAGAGUAAGGUGAAAAGGAGUAAAAGAGGAGAUCCCAACACAAGUAGUACUAUGAGCGACGAUAGCUGUAGGAGCGGAAGGAUCGAUGGAAGUUAUAAAAAUUAUAGAUCUGGUAGCGAUUGUGAAAAUCAUUGCAACUAUAUAAAUCGACGUAGAAACGAUUGCAUCUUGAUGAAAAAACGAAAAAAUAGUUUCGAAGACGAAAUGGACAAUAAAGAAUAUCUAGGAUUUAGUGAUAUUUCAUAUAUUCCUUUUAUUGACAAACACUUUCACAUAAAUUACGGUUGUGUGGAGAACACACGAGGGGUCGAAAAUGCAAGAAAUGUGUUUAUGAUACUAGAUAAGGUAUGGGAAAAUGAAAAAAACGAAUUUCCAAAAUGUAAGAGGAGAGUUACCUUCGGAAUGGAGGGAAAAAAGGAAUAUCUGGAGAAUAUAAAAACCAAUUCAAUUGUCCAAGGGUGGAUUUACAAAUCUGAUUCGAAACAUAAAUGCUUCCAUGUUAAACUUUUCUCUGUCAUGAACGAAUCAUAUGAGGAAGAACAGUAUAUAUGCGAUUUGACAGAAAAUUCAGAAACUGAAAGAUGUAACAAUGUUGACUUAACCAUCGAUAAGGAAAGGAACAAUCCACACUAUCACAAAAAAAUAUGUGGAAAUAAUGUAAGCAGUAGAAAUAGGAACGGGAGAUAUAUAAGAUAUAGGGAAAAUGACGAUAGUAACGUAUAUGCAUGUUUGCCCUUUGAAUUUAUAAACAAAUUUGAAUUUGUAAAUAAUCUGAGUAUGCAAGGACUUCGUAUGGAAGAUAAUUUAGAAAGGUAUACAGGAAUGAAUAUACGUGCAGAAGUAUUUGAUGAUCAAGGAUAUAUACAUUCUCAUUUUAAAGACAUAUUGCACAAGUAUAAGUUUCACGUUUUCAUAACGUUUAAAUCGAAAAUGUAUGAUGAUUAUAUGACUAAUGACAGGUUAGGAUUUCUUUCUAGCGAAUUAAAUGGAAACAUAUCAAUAGAUAAAAAAGAGGGAAGACAAAAUAGAUUUAGUCAGAUAGAUUCCAUGUUAUUAAACAAUUUUGAUGUUCUACUAUUUUCAUGCAAAAAGUUUGUAAAUAAAGAGAAUGUAAAAUAUAAAGAAAAAUAUUUAUGCUUAAAUCUUUCGCAAUUACCAUCCCUAGUUGAGUUUAAUUUUAGAAAUAAUUCUUUUCAAACACGUAUUGGAAAUGUUAUUACUCGGAAGCAAAAUUUAAUAUGGUCAAAUCAGAAGUUUAUGGAAGCUUUGGAAAUUUAUAAAAACAAUAGCAAGUAUUAUGAUUUUUUAAAAAAUUAUAUCAUUUUCGAUUUUGAAUCAAGUAGUUGUAAUUACAUCUAUCUGAUUGAUCAAGACGAAUUCGAGGUUUCAAAUUUGUACUCCAGUGUAGCGAAAAUGGGGACUAACAAAAGUAUAGAAAAUGUACCAACUGAUGAAGACCAAAAAAAAAGCCGAGAUGAACAUUUGAAAGAAGUAAAAAAAAAAGAAGACAAAAUAGACUCAUUAGUAAAUUAUGAUACCUCUAAAAUAAAUAAUACACAAUAUGCUAAAAAUUACGAAGAAUAUUGGCCCUUAUUAAACGAUAAAGAAAAAUAUAUAGUUGAACAUAUCUCCUUUUUAAAUUCAAGUGUGUAUAAAUCCAAGUGGAUUUAUGAUUUUUUUAAUUGCAUUAAAUUAACUAUCAAUCUAAAUAAUCAACACCUUUUCGGUAAUUUUUUACUCAGUUUAGUACUACUAGAAUUGAGCUGUUAUACUGAAUCUUUUAUAUUUCUUUUUAGAAUUUUUAAAAUAAAAAAAAUGUUUUUGGAAAGUUACAAAUUAAAAAGAAUUAUUUGUACACUAUUCAUAAAACAAUUAAAAAAAUAUAUAACAAAAGAACAUUUAUGGAAUACCAUCAUUAACUUUAAGGAAUAUGAUUUGUUCAGUAUGCGGGAGGAUAACUGUGAGGUAUAUUGUAAGAACAUAUUUGAGCGAAAUUUAAAUUUAGUGCGUACUUUGGAAAAAAUGUAG